CCGAUUUCCUCCGAAUUGCAGCUUUCCCGCAAAACGUACCCCUUCGCUGCCUUAUCCCCUCGUCCUCGAGGAAAAAAAGAAAAGAAGGAGACGAGGAGCUCGGCGGCGACCACCACCAGGGAGCUCGGCGGCGACCACAGGGAGCCCGGCGGCGAGUCCCAAGGAGCUCGGCAGCCACCCCAAGAUUUGUGAAUUGUCCGUCGAUCUGCAGGCCGAGUGAAGGCCGAAGAAGCUAUAGGUGGCGGGAGGAUGGAGGUGAAGCUCAAGGACCUCGUCCCGGCAGCGACUAACACAGUGAACACGACGUUCAUCGUGGUCGACAAGGCGCCCCGCCCAGCCCACGCAAACGCGCACGGCAGGGAGGAGACAUGCCCGUCACUAGUGGCUGACGAGACGGCGGCGGUGCAUUUCCUUCUGUGGGGCACCGAGUGCGAUGCCUUCGAGCCUGGGGACAUCGUGCGGCUCACGAAUGGCAUCUUCUCGUACCACAGGGGCAACAACCUGUUCUUGCGCGCCGGCAAGCGAGGACGAGUGGAGAAGGUGGGCGAGUUCACCAUGAUGUUCGUCGAGACGCCCAACAUGAGCGAGGUGAGGUGGGGGCCCGAUCCAGGCGACCCAAGGAAGAUGGUGCAGGAGGCUGUCGUGUCGCCCUACUCCCAAGUCUUCAAGCCGCUGCACUGAUGCCUAUCAUUUCAGGCUUCCAGCUCAUUGUUGCUCCAAGUCUCAUUAAAUCUUAUGCAAUACUAACCGUGGUAGUAAAUUAUGCAAUACUAACCACUUGCUGAGUUUUGUAUGCUUUCUCCUUAAAAUAUCACUGGGCCAUCGUUCUAAUGUCUUGAGAUGUUUCUCAUGUAAACAGAGCUCAUAGAAGAUUUAGCAAGCCAAAAGUAUAUCCCAAGCUGUGUUGAUGUGAACAACAGUGUAGCUUUUCCCCUGAAAUGUUUAAAAUAAAACUGAAGUUGUGGGCAAGAGUUUGAUUAUAUGUUACCUAGAUAA